AUGGCACUUUUCGGCUCGAACCCAGCACCUCUGCUGGCCCAGGAUGUCAAGACGCAGCUCCAGGACCAAAUCAAACAAGAGUUGGCCGUGGCUAAUGCCACGGAAUUGGUGAACAAAAUCACCCAAAACUGUUUCGACAAGUGCAUUCUCCAGCCCCAGGACCAGAUCACGCCCCAGCAAAGUGGAUGCGUCAACCAAUGCUUGGAGAAGUACAUGAGAUCGUGGAACGUCAUUUCCAAAACGUAUAUAGCCCGGAUCCAGAAGGAGAAGGUUUGA